AUGGAGUGUAACAAAGAUGAAGCAGUCAGAGCGCGGCGUUUGGGCGAGCAAUACCUAACCAAAAAUGACUUUUCAAAAGCUUUGAAUCUAUUUAUGAAAUCGAAACGAUUGUAUCCUACCGAUGGUAUCGAUGAUUUAAUAUCAACAGUAGAACAACAACAACAUCAUCAUCAACAACAAUAUAAUUCAACAGAUCAGCAGCAGCCACAACAACAACAAACAGAACAACAAUACAAUAACAAUAGUAGUUCAACACAAUCAAAUUUUAAUGAUAAUGUUCAACAACCACAUGCAUCUAUAGUAUCUCCACAACAACAGCAACAACAACCACCACCAACACCCUUCGAAUUCCAAUAA